UUCUCUGAUCAUGCCAUCGCUAAACAAGGUGGGAGGGGGUGAAGGCAAGAGUGAAUGUGAGGAUGGGAUGCGGACACCACCCACUUUGGUAACCAUGAAAGAAAGAAGAUCAUCUAAGGACAAACAAUUGACACACUUGCUCUUGGAUGUUCCUCUGGAGGACGUACUCGGCAGCACCCGUCUUGCUGACCAGGCAGGGCCGCACGACGCCGCGUGCCAGCGCGUCUCGCAGCAGCUCGGCACUGUCCAAAGCGGAGGGGACCGGCGGGCUGCGCAGGCGCGAGAUGAGACGCGACUGCACCGCUGUGAGCACAGCCACGAUAGACAGCAGCCACACCGAAAGGACCAGGCGCGCCGCACACCUGCACACCAGGCCGCAGCAUCCGUGCACUGUGCCUUGUUCAAAACGGCGGUCGCCGAUGACGACGGACGCUUUCUAACGACGCCGAGCACAACGGCAAAUGCUCCGGCGGAUCCUGAUGCCUGGUGACUAGAAGAUCGUCCCGCCAACCGAGAGGCUGGCCAAAGCACAGUGCCACCAGUCUCACCGCGAAGGACAGAGCGUGUUGUCUACUGGAGUGCAUCUAUCGACAGUACUCAUCCUUGGCUGUGCCUUUUUUUAUGUGAAUCCACUCUUGCUCGGGCCCGAGUAUGGCC